AUGCGUCACGCAUCCAGCACAGCUACGGCGCUCGUCCUGAUUGACAUUCAAGAGGGCUUCAAGCAUCCCACCCACUGGGGCUCAUCACGCAGCACACCGGAAUUCGAAUCCAACGUCGAGACACUUCUCGCGACUGCACGCAAACACAAUGAUGCCCUCAAGUCAGCACCGGCCUCCCAAGAGCAAAAGCACCCAGUACUCGUGCUCCAUGUCCACCAUCACUCCCUAUCCCCUACUUCCGCCCUCCACCCAACACACUAUCUCGAAGGAUCAUCAACCCCGUCCGUCGCGCCUCUCCCCUUCGCAGCGCCGCUCACCUCGGGUUCGGAACCCGUCUUCACGAAGAACUUCAACAGCGCCUUCAUCGGCACCGAGCUCGAGGCGACAAUAAGGGCCGCGGGGAUCCGGCAGCUUAUAGUGGUCGGCCUUACGACUGAUCACUGUGUGAGCACUACAGUGCGGAUGGCGGCUAACCUUCAGGUUCUAGGCGAGGAUGGAGGGGUAGAUGGCAAUGGUGUACUAUUGGUUCGGGAUGCGGUUGCGACGUAUGAGAAGGGUGGGUUUGAUGCCGAGACUGUGCAUGCUGUGAAUUUGGCUAGUUUGGAUGGGGAGUUUGCGGAGGUUGUUGGGACGGAGGAGGUUUUGGCGGGUGUGUUGAGUUUGUGA